GUUUGUGUGUGUGCUUGUGUUUUUAAAGACAAGAGGAGUGUGUUUUUGCUCUUGCAGAACAGAGGACUGAUAACUCUUCAGGAUGCAUCAGCUGCUAGUGGUGACCUUAGUGCUGGUGGCACUCUGCUGUUUAGGGAACGUCGAUUCUUCAGCUUAUGACAAGAUAGUGACCCACAGCCGCAUACGGGCCAGGAAAGAAGGGCCCAAUGUGUGUGCUCUGCAGCAGGUCCCAGGGAGUAACAAGAAAUACUUCAGCACAUGUAGGAACUGGUACAAAGGCUCCAUCUGCGGCAGGAAAACCAUGGUUUUAUAUGAGUGCUGUCCUGGGUACAUGAAGCUGGAGGGCAUGAAAGGAUGCCCUGCAGUGGCUCCUAUUGACCAUGUAUAUGGCACACUGGGGCUUGUAAAGGCUACGACCACACAGCAGUACUCUGACAUGUCAAAGCUGAGAGAGGAAAUUGAAGGCAAAGGCUCCUUCACCAUGUUUGCACCUAGCAAUGAUGCCUGGAAUCAGCUGGACCCUGCUGUACGGUCUGCGCUGGAGAGCAACGUGAACAUCGAGCUUUACAACGCUCUUCACUUCCACAUGGUGAAUCACCGUCUUCUGACCAAAGACAUGAAGGAUGGCAUGACUGUCACUUCCAUGUACAAUGACCUGGGGCUCUACAUUAACCACUACUCAAAUGGGAUUGUGACAGUGAAUUGUGCCAGGAUCAUCCACGGUAACCAGGUGGCCACAAAUGGGGUGGUGCAUGUCAUUGACCGGGUCAUCAGUGCUGUUGCCACCACCAUCAAGGAAGUUCUGGAUGCCAACGAUGAGCUCUCCCGCUUCAAUACUGCAGUAUUGGCAUCUGGUAUGAUGGACAAGCUGGACGAGCCUGGCCAGUAUACUCUAUUUGCUCCCACUAAUGAAGCCUUUGACAGACUGGGCCAAGGCUACCUGGAGCAAAUCUUGGAAGACAAAGAUGUUAUUGGAGCCCUUGUGAAAUACCACUUGUUGAACAGUGUCCAGUGUUCAGAAGCAAUCAUGGCAGGGUCAGUGUAUGAGACCGCAGAGGGCAGCACCAUAGAGAUAGGCUGUGAUGGCGACACUCUGACAGUCAAAGGCAUAAAGAUGGUGCUGAAGAAGGACAUUGUUACCACCAAUGGUGUCAUCCACCUCAUCGACCAGGUGCUCAUCCCUGACUCAGCCAAGGAAGUUAUGGAGCUGGUGGGAACUGGCCAGAGCACUUUCAGCGACAUGGUAUCUGAAUUGGGCUUAGCGGCUGCCUUGGGUCCAAAGACAGAGUACACACUACUUGCUCCUGUCAACACUGCCUUCACUAAUGAGGUGAUGUCAAAAGACCACAGCCUGCUGAGACUCAUUUUAGAGAGCCACAUCUUGAAGCUGAAAAUAACGCUGAGUGAGCUCUACAAUGGACAGCUGCUGGAAACACUGGCUGGCAAACUGCUCAGAGUCUUCAUUUACCGCAAUGCUGCAUGCAUAGAAAAUGCAUGUAUGGUGCGCGGCAGUAAGGAGGGACGUAACGGGGCCUUCCAUGUUAUGCAAUCCUUCAUCAAACCGCCCGAGAAAACAAUCUACGAGCUCCUGAUUGCUGAGAGACGGUUCAAGAUUUUCCUGUCUUUGAUGGAGACUGCAGGUCUGAUUGAUCUGCUGAAGCAAGAGGGCUCCUACACAAUCUUUGCCCCAACAGAUGAUGCCUUCAGUGGCCUUAGUAAAGAGGAUUUGAAACUGCUCAAAAGUGAUCUGAAUGCGUUGAGGACCAUUCUACUGUACCACAUCAGUAACGGUGUCUUCAUCAAUGGAGGACUAGAAAGAGGAGUUACCAAUUUAUUAAAGACACUCCAGGGCAACAACCUGCAAGUUUUGUCUGUAAACAACUCUAUUCAUGUCAACUCUGUGGAUGUGCCAGACAGUGACCUGAUGGCAACAAAUGGCGUGAUCCAUGUGGUGAAGAAUGUUCUCUAUCCUGGGGACCUUCCUGUGGGUAGUCAGGACCUCCUGUUCAUCCUGAAGAAGCUGAUUAAGUACAUUCAGAUAAAGUUUGUUUCUGGAUUUACUUACACCGAGAUCCCACUCACCUUCAUCAAGAGGACCAUCACAACUACACAUUAUUUUGAAACAGUCCCUGAUAUCACAAAGGUGAUCCAAGUCAUUGAAGAAAAACCAUCCAUCACCAAGGUUACCAGGGUCAUUGAUGGAAAGCCAACCAUUAGAGUCAUCGAAAUAGAACCAACAAUCACUAAGGUGGUUGUCGAGGGGGAUCCGGUGAUCACCAAGGUAACCAGGGUCAUUGAGGGAGAUGCUUCAGUCACCAAGGUAACCAGGGUCAUUCAGGCAGAUGCUUCAGUCACCAAGGUAACCGGGGUCAUUGAGGGAGAUGCUUCAGUCACCAAGGUAACCAGGGUCAUCGAGGGAGAUGCUUCAGUCACCAAAUUGACCAGAGUUAAUGAAGGCCAACCUUCCAUAACCAAAGUUACAAGAGUUAUCGAGGGUGAAGUGCUUGACACAGAUGAACAGAAGAUUUCAGGUGGAGCCAGAUUCACCACGGCGAACGAGCCUCAUGUCAUUGAGGGCCCAGACUUCUCAAAGAUCACCACCAUCCACGGCAACCCAAACUUGAUCGAUGAGGAAUCACAGAGAAUUACCAAAAUCAUUCAAGAGGGAGGUAAAUUCGCUGCUGCCAGGAAAGCUCCAGAUGGAAUAAGGAGGAGGUCAAAGUUGUUCAGGCGUCACCACAAGCCGAGGCAGUGAAUCCAACAGAGAGAAAACUCCUUCGGGCUCACCGCAGAGACUGAAUGCUUCUCCAGUGCUCCUGGUCGAGUGCUGGAGGAUUGAACAAACUGUGCACCAAUAGGGUGAAAUUACAUCAAUGUAACUAUUUUUUGUCCAAACCAGCAAUAAAAAAGAUUGUUUACUAUUCCAUCUGGAAAAGUAUGUGAUAGGCAUGAUGUGUAAUAGCAAUUCGAUGAAAUUAGAAUACCCUUCAUGUAAGUAAUGUAAGUAAGCAAGGGAAAUAUGAAUAUUUGAUGCGGGAUAGAUGGGGUAAAAGGUGAGUUAUAUUCUACCACUGACAUUUUUUAAUGGUUUGCUUUUUUUUUAAUUAUGUGACUUUGUAAACAGAUGGCUUGGGAAGAUUUUUGUAUGCUUUUUAUGGUGCUCGCACUCUGUAAAACAGAUGCAUAUUAAUGAAUAUGAACGAUAGAAGAAACAGUUUUUGCUACCAUUAGAUGCUGUACUGUACCUCUGUAAAUUAUCACAUGGUAAUUAAAAAUACAAUGAA